AUUCGUCAUUGUGGCUUAGAGAAAGGGGCAGGCGCGUUCGCGUCUGCAUACAGGCUGCAUAAUAUCUUGACUAACGAUUUGUGUUUGAGACGCGCACAGCUGAUACGGUGAACGAGAGAAAGGGUGCGUAUCUGGAUUGGCGACGGAGUAGAAGGUUGAGCUGCCAGACGUUCCUCUUGAGUCACAAGCACGUGUAAGACCGGUGUGGAGCCACGCACGGGCUCCUGGGGUGGACCUGAGGACCCGAGGAGAGUUUGUGAGAGCGGCUGUGUUGUGUGUGUCGCAGGACCGGGUCGGUAUGAGCGAGCGGUUUGACUGCGCGGGGUGCAAGGAGUCCCUGUACGGGCGCAAGUUCAUCCAGGCAGAGGACGGCGCCCCCCACUGCAUCCCCUGCUACAACAAGGCGUUCACCCACGCCUGCGCAGAGUGCAAGGAGCUCAUCCAGCACAACGCCCGGGAGCUGUGUUAUGACGACCGGCACUACCACGAGCAGUGCCUGCGCUGCUCCCGCUGCGGCCGCUCGCUGGCGGACGAGCGCUUCACCCGCCACGGGACGGCGCUGCUCUGCAACGCCUGCUUCUGCAGCGAGUUCUCCUCCACCUGCGUGGCCUGCAGCAAGACCAUCCAGCCAGGCUCCAGGAAGCUGGAGUACCAGGGCAGGACCUGGCACGAGGCCUGCUUCGUCUGCCUCGGCUGCCAGCAGCCGAUCGGCGGCAAGGCCUUCGUGCCGGACGACGACGGGCACUACUGCGGCCCCUGCUACGAGAACAAGUUCGCCCCGCGCUGCACCCGCUGCAAACAGGUGUUGGUGACAGGGGGCGUGACCUAUCGCGACGAGGCGUGGCACAGGCACUGUUUCGUGUGCGCGGGCUGCGGGGUCGAGCUGGCCGGGAAGCAGUUCACCACCGAGGAGGACAGUCCCUACUGCGUUCAGUGCUUCACCAACACCUAUGCCCGCAAGUGCGAGGGGUGCAGCGAGCCAGUCACAGGUUUUGGGGAGGGGAAGUUCGUCUCCUUCGAGGAGCGCCACUGGCACCAGACCUGUUUCGCCUGUUCCCGCUGCUCAGCGUCCCUGUUGGGCGUCGGCUUCUUCCCGGAGGACGACCGGAUUCUGUGCCGUGAUUGCAGCACCCUGUCUUAGGCCACGCCCACCCCCUGCCUCAAACCGGCCAAUCGGGCACCGGCAGUCUCGUUCACCCUGUCUCCCUUCAUUUAAACUGCCCUCAUCUCCUUGGCUGUGUUGUGUGUGUAACUUCACCCAGACUUGUCGUUCAUGUUUCUGAUCACGGUUUCUGUCCUAACGCUAUGUGUGCAGGCAGUGCACAGAUCUGAGCUGACGUCAGAGCUCUCCACAUUGGCGCAGGACUAAAUUAUGUAAAAAAAAAUAAACAACCUGUUUCAAAUGUUUCCUUAAAUGAUGUUUUUGAAAGAUACAAAUAAAUGUAUAGAGAAAAGACA